UUCAAAUAGUUUCAAUUAUUUAUUUUUACAAAAAUGGCAUUUAUUCAUUUAAUUUAUUUCUACAUUGUGAUUUUAUCAUUUUUAAUUAAUCCCAAAGAAGUUAUCCUCCAUUACCUCCACGAACGAAACCAAGUGAGAGCCCGCGAGGCAGAUAUACCUUUGCCGUUUGCCACUUCAUCGUCGUCGUCGUCGUCGUCAACGUCGUCGUCGUCCCCGGCAAUUAGUGCUGUUCUGUUGGAAUGUCCAAAUGUCCAGAGGCGGAGAGCUACUUCCAGACCCACACCAGACUGUGAAAGACAAAUGAUGGUCCACAUCCGAGUCAGUCCGAGUUUUCAAGUCGAAAAAUUGGAUAAGUUCCUGCUGCUUGACGAAGUUUAUGACCAACGAAGGAAGACCCGAGCAAAGCUAAUGUCACCCUAUUUAAUUGAGAUUAGUCGGGGGGAGCCAGUUAUAAUGUAUCCUUUGCAAUUUUCCAAGUCAAUAAGAUGUGGCACAUGUGGACAUAAAAUUGGCAACAACACAAACACCAGCUCGUGUAAGCAUCCUGUCGAUGCUGCUAUUCAUGUCCCUCUGACUGCUUCGGCCAUCAGCCAUUCUGGUGCAUCAAGUGCAGAAGUUGCACCCGUUUCAGGAAUUCACGUAUUGCAAAGUGUUCAACAGGAAAACCAGCAGCAAAAGCAACAGCAACAGCACAAUGCCAUCAAUGAAGCUCCACUGGGAAGCGGCCAUAAUAAUCUUGCUGCUACCGCUGCCGCUGCCGCUGCUGCUGCCGUUGCUGGUCCGAAACCAUCAUCCGAGAAAAUCGAAUCACGGCAAAAACUCGCUAUCGGAAUAUUGGAUUCACCCCAUUUUGGCGAGGCAAACAAACAAGCUAACUCGGUCGACGACGAGGACGACGACGACUUCGUAGUCCACGAGAUGGGAUUUUCUUCCAGGGAUACUCCGUUGCGAAUCGUCCAGGACAACGACGAUGGUAAUAUCGACUUGGACUAUGAUAUUGUCGAUGAGUAUGAUGAACUCAAUUUGAACGAUGGUGGCGGGAAGAAGGAUGGUGGACUUUUUAGCCAAAAUUCACUUCGUGAUAAACGACUCAAAAAGCAACCUUCAUCUCCGUCCUGGUCCCGGUCCCAAACCCAGCAACAAACCCAGUCCCGACCACUCCCCCUAGCCCGAACCCGGUCCUCUUUGUCUUCGUUGAACGUUGCUGUUGCUGUUUCUGAUGCUGAUGCUGAUGCGUUGUUGGGGAAUGAGAAACUUUUUCGUAGAGCUGAACGUCAAGGCGAAGAGGCUCGCAUGGAAACGCUUCGAGCUUUCACCAGGAAAAAUGUACACGAACAACCCUUUGGCAUCGGUGUUGUUGGCCCAGCUCCUGUUGAUGGAGCCACAUCAGCGAGUAGUUGGGUUAAUGUUGGAAAACCACAUGUCGUUGGCAUACAAGAGGAUUGCAUUAGGCCACAGGGAACGUUUGAUGCUGAUGAAAUUGAUGAUGUUGAAACUGAUGCUGAUGUUGAUGGUGAUGGAGAUGGUAAUGAUGGCAAGGUUGGCUACAGCGAUGAGAGACAGAAGCAAGUUCCUCGAUUACAGCAGAAGGCUUUUGUGUUCAAAAACGGACAUCGCUUCACAGUCACAGCAGAUAUGCAAGGUUCACAAUCGAAUAAGGCUACGCAAAAUAGAAAUCCUGGGGUGAACUUCGAUAACCAUUUAAAAACAAAUCUCAAUUCAAACAAAGAAUCUGGAGCAAGUCAUCAGGGCUACAAGAGCAAUUCAAAUCGAGUAGAAGAAGGAGCAUUUCUUUUGGCUUCAUCAAAACCAAUGCCACUAGGAAGUCACAGUCAUGGUUCUUUCUUACAAAACGACCAACAAAAACUUCGUUUCCAGGAGAAGCCCGACGACGUCAGCAUCAAAGACAUCUCACCAAAUACAAAAUUUCCAUUCACUAAAAGCAAAGACUCGUAUUCCAACGUCAACACUCAGCAUAUCGGGGAUGCCAGUGGCAGCAGCAGCAGCAACACCGACGAUGACGGCGAUGGUGAUGUGGUGAGCAAUGAAGACUACGACAGAAUAGAUUCUUCUGCUCGCGACUCCUUAGCAAUCGAUUCGACGAAGAGCAAUAUUCCUACGGCCCCGAUAAAGACGACGAUGAUGAAAACUAGAACUAAUCCUGAUGAUAUUGAAACUGCGGCUGGGGGUAUGGGUGAUGAAUUCUACUGGAACACGCUGCAUUAUCCUAAGAGCAGAAGUAGCAGCACCAGCUCCACCAACACCAACACCAACACCAAUGUCAAAAUCCAUGAAGGUCAUAAUAGUCCCGGUAAAUUGAGCAAUAACGUUAAACCAAAAGGUGGCACUAGGAAUACCAGUAAGGAUUUUGGCAGAACUGCUCAAAUCCAAAAGUGGAGAAACUACAAUGACCAUCGUCGUCACCAAACUAACUCCACAAGCAGAACUCCAUCGAAGAAAGAUUCCAAACCUGCCGACGAUAAGAACGCAGGUUCCCCAUCAAGACAUCCCAUUAAUGACCAUGAUGAUGCUAAAGGAGUGGAUAGGGCGGUCGGGAAGAGGCGUGAAAAGUUUCUCGAUAAAUCAGCCAUGGCCAGAAAUAGAAUGAAAAUUCGAAGCUCUGCCUUAGAGACGGAUAGUGGAGUUGUUGAGACUUCUGGCAUGUACUCUGCCAAGGAUGGUAUUGUUCCGGCAUUUCCACUAAACGGAUAUCCUGGCUAUGGCGAUUUAAAGAUUGUGCCACACUUGACUCCACUAGAUCAUUCCAAGUCUCAAUAUAGUGUCCUGGAAAAUGAGCCCCAAGAGUAUGUGCCACAUCAACCACCAUAUGCCAAAGAAUUAUCUGAUCCUAAUUUAACACUGCAAGAAAAAAUUGACUUGCUUGAAGUUCUUCAAGAUGAUGGUGAAGUCAAAGAUGAAAUUCUUAGAAAUCUCGAGAACGAACUUGAUACUUCCGUCAUAGUUCACGAUAUCACCAAUCACGAUCGCAUGCCAAUACCUUCCAUACGAAUCACUCGAAAACGAGCUAGGAAUGGAGGAAUUCGAAAGAGAAGCUAUCUGACUUACGAUGAUUUGACUAUGCGAGAUACAGAUGAACAAUAUGAUGAUAUGAAUGAGAAGCAAUUUUUUGAUGUUCCAAGAUUUAAUGAUGAUGAGAGAAAUUAUGCCAAGUCCGAGAAAUGUCACUUGUGUUCGGGAAAUAUGUGUCCUGCGAGUAGAGAUGGGUCGAGUUGUAACUGUGACCGAAAUGGCCGGCAUUGUGAAUGCUCUCGGAAAAAACCUAAAAAGAAAAUUCGGUCUGUUUCGGAUGCUUGGUAUUCAGUAUUCAAUAUGAGUGCGCCCUUGCAGUUCCUCACUACACGCGUAGGGAUAUAUCGAAAACGCCACGGUACCUGGUGGAAAACUGCCCCAUCAAUAACUCUAACGAGUUUAUCGGGGAUCUAUGCCAGCGAGAAUCUCUCGAUUUUGUUCUCGUCCCAUGUCGACAUAUUCCAACUUAAACGCCCACUCACUUUGCAAAAUCACAAGCUCCUCAUACCCCAAGUCGUCGAUGAUUCGGAUGAAGUCAAAGCUGAACAUCGAAAUCCCUAUGAUUCUAUAAAUCCUAGCGAUGUCCUUGCCAUCGAUAGUUCCAUGUUCGAUUUUAAUAAAAUUCACGAUGACUCCGACACAAACAACAAAGAGGACGACCAAAGCAAUGAGGACGAAGCUGCCGCUGCUGCUGCUGCCAAAAUAACUCUUUGUCAUGCAUCGGAACUCCAACGCAACCGACGACGAAGCACCGACAGCCAUCCCACUGAUAAUGAAACCGACGGAGUCCUCAGUAUUGGUGACUUGGGAUACUUCCCUGCCGACAUGAAUAUCCUGGAACAAUGCCCAACCGAUCCAAAUCAUCUUUGUUUAAAUGUGCUUGACGAGGAGGCUCCAGCUUUUACAAUUAAAAUCAAACAACCCUUUUUGGAGAAUGCUCUUUUGUACAGCGGCGAGUACAGGGUACGGAUUGCUUCCAUUAUAACUGACGCGACAACAAAAGGUGCACUUCAAGUUGCCGUCGUCGUUAUUAACGAGGAUAGCGUGGCUCAUGAAUUUAGCAUUUGCAUAUGCGAUUGCCCAAAGACCUGCGGAUCGAGGACGACGGUGAAGAAGAAUCUAUCCCCGCAUAUCAGUGAAACGGCGUCCUUCCUCCUGCCAUUGGAAGAGACCAAGAAUACGAAGCUUUAUUGCAACGUUGAAGUAAAGUCACCCGAUCAAAAAGUAAUUUCAAAACGAAAAUUUAUAGUUCAACCUACAGCCCGUUGCCUGUGUAUCUGGGAUUGCGACUGUCACUGCAUUCAGGACCUAGUGUCGCACGUUGACUACGACGUUUGUCAAAAGCUCGGUGACUACGAGGAACAGGAAGCCGGAUUUAUCGAGGGCGGAGUGCUUGAUGGCCAGAACUUGACAGGAUGGCGGUGGUUUUGGUGGCGAAUGAACUAUUAUGCCUUCAGCUUGCUGCUCUGCAUGUUGUUUCUGGGACUCCUUAAAGCCGUUGUGGGAGCACUGUGUCUGCGGCGUUUUGAUAGAUGUGGCUAUGAUUACGUGCAACCGCUACGGAAGUACGACUACGCAAGCAGAUGCCGUCGAUUUUUUAUCAACAUUGUGUUCUUCGUAGUGUUGCCAUUCAUUUGUUGUUGCAACUGCUUCAUCCCCAACGAGGAGGACUUAUUGGUGGGCACCACCGAAUGGCAAUGCUCUCUCAUCCAACACGAUUUCUAUAAGGAUAACAGCGAUGAUGGUGACAGUGACGGCGGCGGCGGCGGUGGUGCUGCUGAUGGAAUAUGGAAGAAGCCUUUAGGGCUGUACUGCGACAACGAUGGUUAUGGUCAAAAUGCCAUCGACAACAAUGAUGACGAUGACGAGGAAACCAUCCUCCGGCUCAGUCAAAGUUUCGAAAGCGUUGGAACGGGAAGAGGUUCAAGAUUGGAUGGCAGUCAAUCAAGAGUGUCGAUAAGCGAACUUCUGCUAAAAACUUGUGAAUAUGACGAUGACGAAGAGGAACGUGACAUGAACUACGUAUUGAAUGCGCUCUCUGAAAGCCAGGAAUCCAUCAAAAUGCUUUUAAAGUCCCACCGCAGCGAAAAGGACCUGGACAUGGCUAACCCACUAACGGCCAGCGCUGAGGAUCUUGUGCGGCAACUUGUUGCAGCCAAAAUAGUCUAUCGCACAUUCGCGACUCCCUUGUAUUCUGUGGAUGUCUCCCCGGGACAGAAAUACUCAAUUCAGGGCUAUUUCGUGCCCUCAUUCGAUUCGAGCUAUCAAUUCAUUGCGACAAAUCCCCUGUUGCAACAGCGUCGAAUCACGACGACGACUACAACUACAACAGCGACACCAGCGGCAGGAUACAUAAGCGAUAACCUAGAGCCGCCAAAUAUCCUUCGGGCAGAGGACUUCCAGAGGGCUUACAAAAACAAAUUGGAAGUGUUGAAGGCCGGUGAUUUAUCAGUGGCACCGCCAGUGGAUGCACCAUGCAUUAACAGCUCGCAUACCUCUAAUGAGAGUCAAUUGACAGCAGAAGCAGCAGCAGAGCUUACAUCGCCGGCUAUGUCAUCUCAUCCACUCCAGGUACUCUCAGCAGCACCAUUGUCACCUAUGUAUAGAAGGGAACCCAUAGAUAAUGACGAAGUAAAUGAACAUGGUCCCGCUACUGCUAAUGACACUAUAACUAGGAGCGACCGAGUCGAUGAUGCAAAUAAUGGAAGCAAUUUGCAGCUUCAACAAAAGGGCCCACCGAUAUAGACUUUACAUGAGCCAAAGCUAAACUGAAUUGCCACCACCCUUAUGUUGGAAAGUAAUUAUCCCCUCUAUCACCUCCACAUCAGGAUUCAGGAUGACGACUAUAUUUGAUGACGACCACGACCUACGACGACGACGAUGGUGACGACGACUUCGACAACGACAACCCUUCGGUGUUGUUAGAGAUAAUCUCUGUUUAACGUGUGUACACACAGGUCCUAUGUGGCACUUCUGUUGCUUCCACCUCCCCUCCCCUCACCUUUUACUCUUUGUACCUGAGUCCUGCGACCUGUAAAACUGCAUUUGCACACAAUGAUGACAUUAUAUUCGCUGAGUGGAUCAUGUUAAUGGCAUAGGAGGAAAAUGUCACCCUGCAUGGGUUCGAGACUACAUAUACAUAGCUACAGAGCUCAGAGGAUGUGCAAGGAUAUAAUAUCCUGGGUAAUGCUAUUGGAUUUUGCUCUUCGGACUCAAGUGGGAUAAUAAGUUUUGGAAUUCUCGUAUACAUUUUUAAGUUGGUUGAAGCCAGCGUUGUGUUGUAAUGUUCGCAUAUAUUAUGUUCUUUUGCUAAUUUUGUAACAUGAAUUACUAAAUGUAUUUACUUCUUCUGGCACCGUGCUACAUAUUUUUUAAUUUGUUUUUAAGAGAUUAUUUAAUUGAGUUACUGUAUUUGGUUUGUUUAUUUUAAUAAAUGAUUUAUUUAUUGUG